CCGGCUUCCUUCUCAUUUUACCAGUCAGGUGUAUUUACUGCGCUUCCCUGCGUCUUGUAAACACUAGAUAUAUUACAUAUCUGUGUGGAUAUUUUUGUCUCAGCAAAGUGCUGCUCAUUUGCCGUCAGUGAGUUUUGUUUCGUCAUUUAUAUACAGCUUUUAUUCAUUGAUUCACUGAUGUCUUGAUUUGUCAUGUGGUUUGUCAUCAUAGUGCAAGGUAUUUUGAGGCCAUAUCUGGAUUGAUGCCCGGCAGAUUAAGAUGGAACUGUCUGAAUCUCUCACACACAAGAACGGGAGGCAGCGGAAGCCUGUGCUGCCCAACUCAGACAUGGGGGAAAGAGAGUCCAAGCUAGAAGUUGAGGGAGACGAAGAGGCUCUUCUUCCAAACUCCGACAGAGCCGAUAGACGAGCGCAAACACACAAAGGGAUUAAAGGAGAACUGGGCAAUGUGUCCCUGUUAUUGUUCCUGUAUGUGCUUCAGGGCAUUCCUUUAGGCUUGGCUGGAAGCAUCCCUCUCAUCAUGCAGAGUAAGAAUGUCAGCUAUAAAGACCAGGCCUAUUUCAGCUUCGUCUUUUGGCCCUUCAGUCUAAAACUGUUCUGGGCUCCUCUGGUGGACUCUGUGUAUCUCAAGCAGUUUGGGAGGAGGAAGUCCUGGCUGGUUCCUACUCAGUACCUGCUGGGUCUUUUUAUGCUGUAUCUAUCAUUAACGGUUGACUCCAUGCUUCAGAUGGAUGGACAGAAAGGGCCAGAUGUGAUCACUUUAACCGCAGUCUUCUUCUUGCUGGCUUUCCUCGCAGCCACGCAGGACAUUGCUGUUGAUGGCUGGGCUUUGACUAUGCUUUCCAGGGAGAAUGUGGGUUAUGCUUCCACUUGUAACUCUGUGGGUCAGACUGCAGGAUACUUCCUGGGAAAUGUGCUGUUUCUGGCUCUGGAGUCGGCUGAUUUCUGCAACAAGUAUUUGAGGUUUGAGCCUCAGGAACGGGGCAUUGUUACACUCUCAGAUUUCUUGUUUUUCUGGGGGAUUGUGUUCAUGGUGUCCACCACUCUGGUUGCUAUCCUGAAGAAGGAAAAUGGCAAACCCCAUCACGCUAAGAAGAAGCCCAGAGAGGAGACACAGGGUGUUAUGGAGACUUACAAACUUCUGUUCUCCAUCAUUAAAAUGCCCACCGUCUUUACAUUCUGUGCUCUGCUACUGACUGCUAAGGUGGGAUUCUCUGCUGCAGAUGCUGUGACGGGACUAAAGUUAGUGGAAGCUGGGGUUCCAAAAGAGCAGCUGGCCCUGCUGGCAGUCCCAAUGGUGCCUCUGCAGAUCCUGCUGCCUCUGGUUAUUAGUAAAUACACGGCCGGCCCACGUCCACUCGACAUUUUCUACAAGGCAUUUCCAUUUAGGUUAUUGAUUGGUCUAGAAUACGCUCUGCUGGUCUGGUGGACGCCAAGUGUCCGGCAGGAGGAGGGCUUCCCUGUCUAUUACUAUGCUGUUGUGCUUCUGAGCUAUGCAGUACAUCAGGUGGCACUGUACAGCAUGUAUGUUGCCUGCAUGGCCUUUCAUGCCAAGGUCAGUGACCCUGUGAUUGGGGGCACCUACAUGACCCUUCUGAACACUGUGACUAAUCUAGGAGGGAAUUGGCCCUCAACACUGGCUCUAUGGCUGGUAGACCCUCUCACCUCAAAAGAGUGUCACGGGGCCCCCGGACAGACGUGCGGCUCCAUUGAAGAAGCAGGACUCUGUGUGAGAGAAGGUGGUUCGUGUGUCACAUCAUUGGACGGUUACUAUGUGGAGUCUGUGGUGUGCGUUCUGAUUGGUCUCUGCUGGUGGAUCUUCUUCGGGAAAAGAAUGAAGCGCUUACAAGAAGAAAGUCCCUCAGCGUGGCAUUGCAGGGUUGCCAAAUAGCAAUCUCAGCUGAACUCUUCCUCUUGUUUUAAAGUUACUUCAUGCCUCUCUUUCCUUCUUUGAGUGACUGCUUGUUUUCAUCACACUACAGUGGCCCUGUAGAGAGGCUUUGAACUGAAAAUGGUAAACAUAGUGCUAGUAAAUUAUUAGCAAAUAUGUUCUAUUUUUCAGACUUUUAUUGUAAAAUUGAAGAACUAUAAAACCAGAAAUGGCUCUAGCUUAUGUGUACACGAAAUGGUUCAUGACUGAAAUGGCAUGACUCACUGUUCGGUUGCCUCUUGAAUACUUGAGUUCCUGUGCCUUUCGCAUUUCUGUUUCUAAUGCAAGCACCACCCUCAAAAACAAUCAGCCUUCCCUUAUCAUAAAUGAUAUAUGUAGGAUAAAGUAGUUUCAAAAUUCACUUAUCAGCUUUUUUCAAGAAAGACUAGAUUCUGAUUGAGCUUCUCUGGUGGGAUGUUAAUAAAGUGUUAAGCACACAGCAUCAUCAGUCAACCAAUUGAGAAUGAAACUGGUUGACGUUCUACUACUAAAAAUGGUUACAGCAGUUUUUAUUUUAAGUACGCCUACCUUUAAUGAAGGUAUCAGUUUAAAAAGCAACUUAUAAAAUAAUGGCCAGGAAAAAAUAACUUUGCCAUAUACUGCUUUUACUGUUAUUCCUGACUGUUUUAUUUGCUCUUUUUCCGUGCAUUUUAAAGGCCAGUGCUUUAUUGUCGUUUGAGUGUGUGUGACUGAUGUUUCAUGAAACGUUUUGGGGUAACAAAGUUUGUUCCCACAACCAAAACCCAUAUCAGCAAAAUUAGUUGUUAUAUUUUCUAUGAAGGAUUUAGACUUUUAAGGAACGAAGCCUAUAUUCUACCAGAGGAACUGCUGUUCAUGGUUGACGUGGAUGUUUAUCCAAUCACCGGCACUUUUACUACAAGUUGGUACUUAGUGAUUGUGGAAUGUCUAGAGAAUGAUUUCCCAAAAAAAGAUGAUUCUUUCAUUAAUUACAUUGUAUUUCUCAGUUUCUAUUUUUGAGUAAAUCAUCCCUUUAAAAUGC